UCAGCGUUCAGCUUUAGUUCAAAUCGUAUUGUCGGUCGAAAUCUUAUUGUGCUCAAACAAAAUGUCUCCAUCUGCUCUUGCCUUGGUCCUGUACAAUGUACUCCUCUAUUUGGUGGCAUCGGAUAUCAAGGCAAAUGUAGGAGAUGAGGGCGACAGCCAGUAUACCAUUGUCCACCUCAUAAAGACCGUGGGAAAGUGGAUGAUGAAUGGCACAAUGGAUGAGACAUCCAGCGAGUUCGGGGACAUGUUUUGGACCAUAAACGCUGGGGUAAACCUACUGCUACUAGUGCCGACUUUUGUCCAGCACCUCGGACUCCGAACCUGGAUAGUGCCAAUGGUCUAUAUCUGUAACUUGUUCGUCUUGCACCGCCUGCUGGUGUAUUGCCUGCUAGCGGCUUUGACACUCUGGCGGCAGGAGAUGUACAAUAGUUUCUCAAUGCUAAUCGUCUGCAGCCUGUGCAUGACUUGUCUUCACUUGGCCCUGAUCUGUAGGUCCAUGAAGUUCGCCGUGGUGGAAUAAAUCCUGAACAAGUCCUGACCUAUGAUCAAA